AUGGAUGCAUUUAGAGCAUUUGAAAAUGAGUCACUCUUGCCCAGUUCCUCUGGUCCUGCCAGCUGGGAUCCCUUCCGUCGUCCCUUGGACUCCAUCCAGCCCUGGCACUUCAGGCUUCUGGCAGCAAUAAUGUUGGUGGUGACCUCCCUGUCGCUUGCUGAGAACCUGGCUGUAAUCCUGGUAACUUUUAAGUUCAAGCAAUUGAGGCAACCUGUCAAUUAUGUUGUAGUCAAUUUGUCUGUGGCUGAUUUCCUGGUCUCACUGACUGGUGGCACCAUCAGCUUUCUAACAAAUCUAAAAGGUUAUUUUUAUAUGGGAUACUGGGCUUGUGUACUGGAAGGAUUUGCUGUCACAUUUUUUGGCAUUGUUGCUCUCUGGUCUCUGGCUCUGUUGGCCUUCGAGCGGUACAUCGCGAUCUGCCGCCCCUUGGGAAACCUGCGCCUGGAGGGGAGACAUGCAGCCCUAGGGAUUGUCUGUGUGUGGGCCUUUUCCUUCAUUUGGACCAUUCCACCAACGAUGGGCUGGAGCAGUUACACCACCAGUAAGAUUGGAACCACUUGUGAGCUUAACUGGUACUCAGGAACUUAUGCUGACCAUGCAUACGUUAUUGUGUUCUUCACCACCUGUUUUAUAGUGCCUUUAUUAGUGAUUUUGGUAUCCUACGGAAAACUGGUGCGGAAGCUAAAAAAGGUGUCAGAAAUGCAAGGCAGGCUCAGAACUACCAGGAGACCUGAAAGACAAGUGACCAGAAUGGUGGUGGUUAUGAUCAUUGCCUUUCUGAUCUGCUGGAUGCCAUACGCCGCCUUUUCCAUCCUCAUCACUGCAGACCCCUCCAUCGAGCUGGAUCCUUGUCUGGCAGCAAUCCCAGCUUUCUUUUCCAAAACAGCUACUGUUUAUAAUCCAAUUAUUUAUGUCUUUAUGAACAAACAGUUCAGGAAGUGUCUGAUUCAAAUGUUCAGGUGCAAUGCCACAGGAAUUGCAGAGUCCAACGUGAACCCAACUUCAGAGAGAGCAGUGCUAACCCAGGACAGGGGAGGCAGUGAGAUGUCCACCAUGGCAGUUCGUAGCACCGCUUCUGAAAGGAAAAUUGGAGAUGAACAUGGAAAUUGCCAAUCCUUUGCUCAGUUGGCAUCUUCAGGAAACAGAAUUCGUCCCAUGUAGAGUGGGAGAUGGGAUCGUUAAUGCAGUGCUACAGUGUAUUUCAGCGUUACAGUCAUCUACUAUAAAAAUGUGUUGUCACUGGGGACAUUAUACUCCUGUGGGCACCGGAGGUUCCAGCUCCUUCGUGCACAGAGGAGCUUCCUGGCUCUGCAGGUGCAAACGCCCACCCAGAAGGUGAGUCCCUUCCUCCUUCCUCCUCUGUGUUCCCCUUUCCAGUCCACAGCAGGCAGUGGCACCACACUGCUGUUCUCCUGUGAGGAGCAGUUGUGUCUCUGCCUCUCCCGUCCUUUAAUUCCUUUUAAUCGAGUUAUUGAUCCUGGCACAAAUUAUUGACUCCUCUGCUUUUGGAAACAAGGAGUACAACAUAAGUACACUUUCUGUAAACAGUGAAGAAGAAUGGAAAUUGCCAUCUUUCCAUCUCAGAUUAAUUCACACAGUGCUGUGCAGCAAUAUACUUGGCUUUAGUGGAACGUCACUUGCACAUGCAAAGCCAAACUAGGCUACAAGUGUAAUAAAGACAGACUUCUGUGUUAAACAGCCUUUGGGAUCAUUGUAUGAAAUGUUGCUAAGAACUGGCAUAUCAGAUUUUUAAUCCUAUAUAAAAUCUACCUUUAUUGAAUGCAUUUUAGAAGAAAAGGCAAUGGCUGACUAUAUUUAUAUACUUUAGUAUGGAAAACCAUUAUUUCUAGAGAAGAUAUUAAUACAAUACCAAUUGAAACAAAUGUUACUCCGUAGUGGUAUAGAGAAGCUACAGUAAAUCUGUGCUGUACAGGCCUUACAAUAGAAACGGGAUAUGGAAUGAAUCAUCCAUGGUUCAGUUUUACUUCAACAAAAUCAGAAUUAUUCAGGGAAGAGUGUAUCUGACAUCCAAGACAAACAUGUUACAGUAGGUACCUGCUUAGGUUACUGCUGAUGUUUUUUGUUUCAUCAAAGACGUAAGAAUUAUUCAAUAAGAUCUUUCUGUUGAAAGAUCCUCUAUAGGUAAAAUGUGAUCCCUGCAGGAAAUGUAUUUCUGUAGUGCUUUCCCUUUACCCUCUGUGGGGGCAAUUUCUUUGGCCCUGCUCUUAUUCCCUUUACCCAGCUCCCCACCGUGCCUCCUCUCCCAAAGGGCAGCUCUGCCUGUUUCACCCUCAGCACCCUUCACCCUGGAGGUGAAGAAACUUGACAAUUCCCUUUUUUAGAGAAAUUUAGUUGCAAGACACAGACAACUAACAUUUUAAACACAUAAUUUUUAAUGAGCAAUUUUUAUACAUUGUGAUCUUCCUCUUAAUUCCUCCUGGACUCAAAUUUAUUUUGAAUUUGAUCCUUUUUCUAUGUUCUGAGUAGAAGAAUGUUCAGAUUCGAAUGCCCUGAUUUCAGAAUGGUAAGAUCCAAAAGAGGUGAGUUACUCCACAAAUAAAAUCAUGACCUGCACAUGUGAGAACUCACUGCAAAAGACUCUAUGGCCUUCAUCUCACAAAAUUUCAUUAGGUGACUGUCUUUUACAGUGUCAUUUUGGCAGGGCUCAAUCUUAAAGCCAAACGUUGAUCCUUAUUCUGACAGCCACAUUCUUUACCAUUAAUCCUGUGGCAUCUAGAGCAGAAAAGUGAACAUGCCUCUUUUAAAUGUUUUGGAAAUACUAUGGGACAGGAAGGGUAAGGUGUUCAGUUAUUAUUGCAUGCACCUUUUUGUGCUCAUUAGUCUGUUAAAACAGUCAGAUAUGAUUUGAAAGUAAAAAUUCUUGCAUUUAAGACUCAGAUUUUCUCUUUCAAGGAUAUGUUGACCUAGGUUAAUCACAUGUUAAUGGUAUUGGAUAUAUUAAAUCAUGAAGAAUUGGCAGAAGUGCUAGUGUUUAAUUAAAAGCACCAGAAUUACUUUAUCUCCUGAGAAGGUUAAGAUAUGUAAAGUACAGCUCUGUAGUACCAAAUAAGGCAACAAAACUUAAGUAAUGGCAGUGAAAAAACACAAUGUAAAAAUGCACAGAAAGCCAUAGAAAAUAGCAAAUUACCAUGAGAUUCCCUGUCUGAUUACUGGCUGUGUCAUCCUCAGUGAGGGUCACUCAGGAUGAAGUGGUACUUGUAGAACAUUUCACCAAGGAAAACCUGCUUUGCAUCUGUAAAUUAAUUGAGGACACCGGUUUGUAAAGACAGUCAAAGACACUGUCUCCAACUAACACAAGUGGGUCCCCUCCCAUUAAAUGCAGCAGCAGCCAGUGCAGGGUGAGCUGGGGGUCACAUCACUGCCGAGCAGGGCAGGGGGACACUGACACCAGACAUGAAUUACUGCUCUCAAACACUAUAGGGCAGGGGAUUGAUAGAGGACCCUCAGGGCACUGCUCACAUUCCCCCACAGGGCAGACAAAUAGCUUUGGCUUUUUUAUAAGGGAAAGGGAGAACUACAGCACAAAAGGAACAAACCAGGAAUUCUGAGAGGGAGAGAGCGUACAGAAGAAACCGAAAAGUCGUGACUCUAAGCCCUGCUUCCUUUUGCCCGGUCAUAGGCAACAGCUAGAAAGACAAGGCAAGAUUUUUCUCUCAGGUCCAGGGGUCUCCCAUGCCCAUCCAGCACUCCCCUCACAGACACCUGGGCUCCUGCAGAGAUGAAAGUUCUAACAGGAUUUUGUUUCCUGGACAAAACUAAUUGUCAUAUGCCUUUAUUUUCAUGAGAAAUAGUUUCGAGAUAACCUUCAGGGACUGACUUUUAGAAAAAUAUUUAGAAAAACUUAUUUAGAAACAGCAGCAUUUUCUGAGCUGUCUGGUUAUUAAAAUUGGAAGAUAAAAGGAAAACAUGGAAGAAAACCCAAAACUAUUUUCCUGUGCAGUAUUAGAGGCUUCAAAUUGUUCCUGUUCUCUGGAUGUCGAUAAAGCACUGGCACUACUUUUCUCACAGAGAAUUCUUUGUUGAGGUGUUAGUUUUUUUAGUUAAAGGGAAUUUUAACCACUUUCUCACUGUUUGCAUUCAACUGUUCUGCUGUUAUGCAGACCAUUAAUUAAAGGUGUAACAGCAGUAUUUAUACAGAAGACAAAAAGUGUUCACAGACUUCACAGUCAAAGAUUUAGAGAAGCAUUCUACAUAUCCAAAAUAGCACUGAAGAAGACGAUAGAUAAUUAUGAAAAAACAAAUUAAAUUUGUGUUAAAGAUGGUAACACUUGCACUCAGUGACAAGAAUAACAACAAAUGAGGAUUAGUUAGAACAAAAACAUGGAGACUCUUGCUUGUGAACUUCUCCGUGCACUGCAACAGGUAUUGUGGACAUCAAAGGUAUGUGGCUGAAAUAAAACAGAGGGUAUGGUUUCAUGAGAUAAGGCAACAUAGUAGUAGUGGCCAGAGGAAAAAAUGAGAUUAGAAGGAAUAAUAUUAAUUUUGGACAUGGACAAAAUAUUUGUGCCAAGGUGAAACGAAGAUGGUUCCCCAUGUCAGAGGAGACAGUUUUACCCUUGACAAAACAGGAUUGUGAGAGGAAGAAAUAGUAGCAGCAGUGCCAAUCACAGAAGAGAUGGUCAGACUUACAGCUCUGGACACACAGCUUUGAAAAUCAUUGUGAAACAUUCAGGAAGAGAGACUGGCUGAAACACAGGACUGGGAAGGCUGGAGAUACCUUAGCAGUAGAAAGCUGGAUUAGCAUGCUGUUAGUGAGGGUAGUAGAAGGAAUCCACAGGAGUGGAGGCACUUGCACAGGUUAUGCAGGAAAGGGUGGAUUGAACUUUAGAGGAUGGUGAGAUAAGGAGGAAGUUUCAUGUCCUGAGUGACUUGCCAAGGAGCAUUAUCAUAAGGAAAUCAGUGUUUAAUAGUGCGAGAUGCAGUGCAGGAUGUUAGGAUGAGGGCUAUAAGCAGUACCACAAAAACAAGUGGAAAACAUAAUCUGGACAACCAGGUUUACAGGUGUAAAUAGACAUUUGUUGGGAAGCAAUUUCUCAGGGUGAAACACAUGAAAGCCUGAGAGAAGAGAGUAUAAUCUGAGCCAUAGAAGGAGAACAUGGUGCCACUCACUUUGAAGAGUGUCAGAUAUAAGGUGAUGGCUGGGGAGGGUGCAGGGAGCUCAUCAGCUUCCCAGAGAGAACCACCUUUGCAUUGUUCAGGGAAGGAAGCAGAGAAGGAAGAGAAACUGCAUAUGAGAGAAAUAAGGAUAAGCAGCAUUCCUUCAGUCUGCCAGGAGCAGUGGGGCCAGCAUGAACGUAUCAAUAACUUAUUUCAACAGAGAAGUUCAUAAUUCAGUUAAAUAUACUGAAAAUCACUUGAGCAGUACCUCAGUGGCACACAAGGGUUCAUCAUCUAAACCUUUGUUCCCAGUGUGAAGCUCUCUUGAAGUUUUCUGGAGAACCAGCUCAUGUCUAGUUCCACAUGGAGUUCAAGGCCUGACUGCCACUGUUGAGAUUGGAAUCAUUCUCCUUUCGCACCAGCCCCUCUGGCAACUUUAAUAAUUAUGUUUAUGGUUGUCUUAUAUCAUCUUGCCACCCUGUCAGACAAAUACGGACAUCCCCAAGCACAGAUAUGCAAAUAUAGGCUGCAACAGGGUGAUAUGAAAAUUAGCAGCUCAGGACAAAUAGGAAAUUAAUAUUAGAGUCUAAUUAGUCUUGAUUUCAUUUGGAAAAGGAAUUAAUUAGUCUUAAUAGGACCACAGAGGCAUUACAAAUGUUUUCUUUCCAUCGAGCAACAGCUGCAUUGAACAAUUAACAAAUCAUUCUCAUAAAACACAAGGUUCCAGCAAUAUUUGUCACUGACCAUAACACUGAUGUUUUUCAGGCCCUCACAGAAGUGUUUUCUGUUAAGGGCUAAUUUCAUUUGGUUUAUUAAUAUGAGAACCCCCAUAACUGUGGGCAAAGGCAUUUUCUUGAAGAAGGUAUUUACUUUCUGCACAUAAAAACAAAUGGGUUUUUGUAAAUGUUGAUCAAUUCUCCAGCAUUAACAGUCUGCGUCUGUAAGAGUUCCUGUCUCUGUGAGAGGUUCUCAUCUUUGAUACAAACAAGGAAUAAUAGAAUCAUGAGAUGUUUUCAUGUUAAAAUGUCUUCAGUAAUGCUUUUCAGGAGGAGGGGGAUACCUUCCUAUUCUGCCUGUAGGUCAGAGAGUACAUUUUAAAAUGUGUAAACACAUUGUCAUAGUGGGCCAACCGAGCAGUAUCAGCCUGGGCACGAAGUGCUACAGGGUUCCCAAGAGCUGAUUGUUAAAGUCUUUCAAUGUAACACAAUAAAAAAUCUUUAGAUCUGCAAGCAAAAAAAUGGGUGGGGGAGUGGGCUUUUUUUUCUUGGGAGUUGUGCACAGUGACUGAAGAGACACCUCUUGCAUUAUGCGGUAUAAACAUGAACAUUUUACCAUCUACAAAAAGUAAUUUAGGCAAUGGAUGGUUUUAAGACCUCAAGAUUUCAUGACUAAAAGGUGUGAAUGCUGCCAAAGUCAACUUGUACACACUUAUU